AGGGGUGGCAUUUUCUGGUCUUGAUUGGUAAGGCAGCAUCAUAAUGGCUACUUCAUCAGAUGCCAGAGGACCUGGGCUGUUUCGAAUCGGCAGCGUCCAUCUACCUGAGAUGUCUGAGAUGAGGCUUAUUCUCCUCGGCGACAGCUGGUAUGACAAGAGUUCAGUCACAAACUUAUUACUGGGUUCAAAUAUGUUGAACAGAGAAAGAGAACCAAACUUCCCCAUCAAAGUCUGUGGAAGGAUUAUGACAACAAAAACGGUUCUGAUAAACACUCCAGACCUGCUUUGUCCCAGUAUCUCUGAACCAAAACUUAAAGAACAUGUACGCCGUUGUCUCAGUCUCUGUUUUCCAGGACCUCAUGUGUUUCUGUUGGUUGUUCAGCUGAACCUCGAUGAACAACAAAAGCAGAGGCUUUAUAGGAUUCUUGAACUCUUUAACAAGGACUCUUUUAAGCAUUCCCUGGUUCUGAUCUCAACACCUGGAUGGGAAACAUCUGCUUCACACUAUCCGUUUCACCCACGGCAUAUUCGGGACCUGAUCAAAAUGUGUGAAGAGAAGUGGAUAAGGCUUCAAUCGAAUCCUAAAGAACUGCUGCAAAAAUUAAGUCAGAUUUUAACAAUGAACUCUUUGAGCUAUGUGACCUGUGGACAUCCGAGCCAGGAACCAAAUGAAGACGCUCCUUUACCUUUGGAUUCAUCAGUAAGCCUUGGUAUGUAUGAACACUAA